AAUUUCUUGAUUUAACAAUUCUCCAAAAUCGCACCGUUGGGUUCUUACUUAGUCUCGCCCUGUCAUUUGGCGACUUGUUAGUUCUUGCUGUGUCUUUUGACGCUCAGAUCCAGCAGAUGAUCUUCUUCUUCAUUUGCAUCUGAAGCUCUCUUUAUCUCGUACAAUGCUAUCUCUGAAACCAUUCCCUAGCAGUCAUAAUCCCUCUAUUUCCCAUUCCUUGGCCACAUUUAAACCCUUCAUUUCCAAAACCCAAACCCUAAAACCCUCAAAAUCCCACUCCCGUUCCGCCAUACAAUCCGUCCUGCAAUGGAACAGAAAGCCUGAAUUAGCUGGAGAGACCCCACGUGUCGUCGUAAUCACGUCCGGCAAAGGUGGCGUCGGAAAGACAACCACCACUGCUAAUGUCGGCCUCUCACUGGCUCGUCUCGGCUUCUCUGUGGUUGCGAUAGACGCUGACGUUGGUCUCCGAAACCUCGACCUUCUCCUCGGUCUUGAAAAUCGCGUUAAUUAUACACUCGUUGAGGUUAUGAAUGGCGAUUGUCGCUUGGACCAAGCCCUUGUGCGUGAUAAAAGGUGGUCGAAUUUCGAGCUUCUAUGCAUCUCAAAACCUCGUUCGAAGCUUCCAUUGGGAUUUGGUGGGAAAGCAUUGGUUUGGCUUGUGGAGGCACUGAAAACCAGACCCGAAGGCAGUCCCGAUUUUAUAAUUAUUGAUUGUCCGGCUGGAAUUGAUGCAGGAUUCAUUACGGCCAUCAGUCCAGCUAAUGAGGCAGUGCUCGUCACAACACCAGAUAUCACGAGUCUGCGAGACGCCGAUAGAGUGACGGGGCUUUUGGAGUGCGAUGGGAUUAGGGAUAUAAAGAUGAUUGUGAAUAGAGUUAGGACGGAUAUGAUCAAAGGCGAGGACAUGAUGUCAGUGCUGGACGUGCAGGAAAUGUUGGGAUUGGCGUUGCUGGGAGUUAUUCCAGAGGAUUCGGAGGUUAUCAGAAGCACUAAUAGAGGGUACCCACUUGUGUUGAAUAAGCCCCCUACAUUGGCUGGGUUGGCUUUCGAGCAGGCUGCUUGGAGACUUGUUGAACAGGAUACUAUGAAGGCUGUUAUGGUGGAGGAAGAACCCAAGAAACGGGGGUUUUUCUCCUUCUUCGGAGGAUAGACAUUGUUAAGUUUUGCAAAUUGCUAGUGGUCAAGGAACUGAAAGUGGGAAGCUAUGUACAGUGGGGUUAGUGAUGUUUAUGUUUUGAUUCUUUUCCAAUGAUUUUGAAUUUUAAUUUCUGUAGAAACGUUUUUAGCAUUAGUUUUUCUGGGGUGCUAAAUUGCAUGCCUUUGUUGUUCAAUGCGGUUUGUUGGGAAAAAAAGAGGUUGGCUGCUUUCUUUGUUAAAUGCAGACUUUAGUGCAUAAUGAUAUCUCAUAACAGCAUAUCUGUUUUGUAUGUUCAA